AGCCAAGGAGGAUCUUGAAAAGAAAGAGAAAAGCAAGGAAUCAUUUUGGCAGGGAUACAGAAAGAGAGAGACAACCUAGAGGAGAUGAACGAGACCAUCACAAGACAGAUGCAUGAUAUUAAAAAUCAAGAGGAACAAAUGAGACAAAAACAGCAUGAACUCGAACAACUGAAAACUGAAAUUCAAAAUCAGAAACAGGAACUAGACAAUGACAGAAACAUUAUAAUAAAAGACAGAAGUCAGCUUGAUCUGAGACAAUCUGAGCUAGACAAACAACAGACAGAAGUGAAUGAUAUUAUUGAUAAAAUGAGGAAUGAGAGAAGCCAACUAGAUAAAGAUAAACAAGAGAUUGAAGAACAGAAACAGCAAAUGAAGAAAGAAAGAGAUGAUGUAGACCAAAGUAGAAAAGAUCUGACCGCAGACCUAAAGAUGGUGACACUUCAGAAACAAGUGUUUGAAGAUGAGAACAACAAGUUAGAACAGAUAAAGAUUGAGCUGCAAAGAGAAGCGGAUGAUAUCAAAAAGCUCAAAGAAGAAACACAAAAUGAGAGACAGAGUUUGGAAAAGAUGGCUGAAGAACUUCACAAAGAGAGAGAAGAUAUCGUUCAUCUUGCUGAAGAUACGAAGAAAAAUAAUAAAAUUAUGGAUGAAAUGAAAGCUGCAAGUGAGUCUUUAAUGGCAGAUCUACAAAGAGAGAAAAACAAUCUUGAGCAAAUGAGAUUGAACAUCUCCAAACAAACUGAUAAAAUUGAAAAUGAGAAAGAGAAAAUAAGACUGAGACAAGAUGAACUAGAGCAACUACAAGCAGAGAUUCAUGAACGACAAAAUGAAAUGAAAAGGAAAAGAACAACAUUGAAAGUGAAAGAGCUGCAGUGAUCAGAGAAAAACAGGACAUGAUUACUGAGCUGAGAAAGAAGUCUGAAGAUGUUGAGCUUCAGAUGAAGGAGAUAUUGACUGAAAAGGAAAUACUGGAAAAUGAUAGACAACUGCUGAAGAGAGACAUGGAAGAUCUGCAACAAAAACUAG